AUGGCGCGCUUGCUUCGUGCACCAACUGCUCCCUACGCUGAGUCUCUCCUACCCCAGCUCGACGUUCGCAACCCCUACUACACCGACCUGCAUCACAAACUUCGUGCCUGGGUGCGAGAUUACGUCGACACAAACAUCGCACCCUAUGCGCAGGAAUGGGAAGCCGCAGGUCAAGUACCUGAGGAGGUACGACGACGUCAUUGCGAGCUCGGAUUUAGCAUCGUCCACCCCCUUACAACAGAGGAGAAUACAGCCGGUCUGGCAUUGCCGGGCAAUGUGCCUCGCGAAAAAUGGGACACCUGGUGCUCGCUCAUUUUGUCGGACGAGCUUACGCGCGUGGGAUAUGUGGGCGUCAUUUGGGGCCUCGGUGGAGGCAAUGGAAUCGGGUGUCCGCCGAUUGCGAAGUUCGGCACGCCUGAGCAGCAGAAGCGCUGGCUGCCUGGAGUCGCAAGGGGAGAUAUCAGGUUCUGUUUAGGCAUCACAGAGCCAGAUGCUGGCUCAGAUGUCGCUAAUAUCAAGACGACUGCCAAGCGGGACGGUAACCACUACAUCGUGAACGGCGCAAAAAAGUGGAUUACGAAUGGUCUCUGGGCCGAUUAUUGCACGGCUGCAGUGCGCACUGGUGGUCCUGGAAGGUCGGGAAUUAGCUUGCUUGUGAUUCCCUUGAAAGCUGAAGGCGUUACUCGACGUCGGAUGUUCAACUCUGGCGUAAAUGCCAGUGGCUCUACCUUCAUCGAGCUAGACGAUGUGCGCGUCUCAGAUGAAAACCUGAUUGGGGAGGAAAACAAGGGAUUCCCUCUGAUCAUGUCAAGUAAGUCUGCGUGCCAGCGUCUAGCAUUGGCAUGUGCCUCUUUGAGACUCGCUCGCGUCUGUGCCGAAGAUGCCUUCAACUACGCAAUUCAGCGCGAGACAUUCGGGUCACCUUUGAUCCAGAAGCAGGCAAUCCAAUCCAAGAUCUUCAAGUUCGGAUUGAUGAUUGAGCCGGCCUAUGCCUUCAUGGAACAGCUUGUGAAUAUUCUCGAGCUGACCAAAGAUCAGCCUGUGGACGAUGUUAAGAUUGGCGGGAUGACUGCUUUAUUGAAGGUUAUGUCCACGCGGGCUUUGGAAAAGAGCGUGCGGGAGGCACAGCAGAUCCUCGGAGGGGCUGGGUAUAACAAGGCAGGUAAGGGCGCACGAAUUGAACAAAUUAGCCGGGACGCCCGAGUGCAUGUUGUUGGCGGAGGCAGUGAAGAGAUCAUGAUGGGGUUGGCUCUACAAGAAGAAACCAAGGCUCUGAGGACACGACGAAAGGCUCUUGAAAAAAGAAAGCAGUCCAAGAUCUAA